AUGUCAAAUCCAGCCGAGAGACCGUGGACGGAGGAGGAGAGGUAUGCACUACUCACAGAGAUCCUCAAAAAGGCCGGCAUCUCAUCUGGUCAUCUCUUUCGCUUGAUCAACGAGUUUCGUGUGUCUCCUAACUGGCACGAUAUCCCGCUCCCUCAAGGUCGCUCGCUCAACUCGUGCAAACUGGCUUUCUACACCAUGCAACAAGCUCCAAUUCAGCGUCCCGAAUUGAUCGGGACCUCAACGCCCAUAGACCCAACGCUUCGCAAGCGACCGCUCUAUCCAGCAGAGAAACCAAUUGCCCCACGCGCCAUUCAACCCAGACCACCAGCCAGCACCGCAUCUCACAGCAGUGAAAGCUCCGCGCAACUAUCACCCAGAUUCGACAUCUCCACCGGCGAGCCUCCGCGCAAACGAGGCCGCCCCAGCAAAGCCGAAACCGAACGCCGCAAAGCUGCCGCUGAAGCCCGCGGCGAGCCUUACCCACCACCACGCCGGUCCGGCUCAGAACGACUCAAGAUCGCCUCGCCAUCAAGUCCAGCAGCACCGUAUCCAGGCCCCCCACCACCAGGCUACGGAGUCCCAUCUCGUCCCAUUGCACCGGUUCCAGAACGCGACAUCUCAACUCGCAUGGGCAUGCGAGAACUUCCUGAGCCUCAAGAAAUGGGUCCUCUUCCUUCUCCGCACGCUUUACAACUCGGUCCUCCGGAUAGUUUUCCUCCGCGUCUGAAUAGCACGAGCGAACGCGGCUCUUUCAGCGCCAUCCCAUCAGAUCGAUUUUCACCGGAUAGUCGACGAGACUCGUUGACUAGUCGGGGUGAACCGCCAUAUGAAGGCAGGUCGAGUACUACGCCUGGAGAUCCGCCGAGAUGA